AUUUUUUGCGAAUUUGGUUUUCAUCAAGCAAGCGAAAACAAAGCGAUGAAUUCGAUCUAAAUUAAAAUAACUGCGCAUUAUUAAGAAUGUAUGCUUCUGUGAAAAGGUUUUUAAAAUGGGGAGCUUCAAGAAAAUUGGAUAUUCAGAAAAGUCAACAAACACAAUCAUAUCACAUAAUUUCUAUUUUAAAAGGGGUUCUUGAAGAUAUAUUAUUUUGGAAGAGAGUGUGGCUUUCUUUAACAUUUAUUUUUGUUUUAAAUGUGACGUUUUUUAUAUUUAUAAACAAACAAAUCAACAUUUUAGAAGUGGUUUUGUAUUUUUGCGUCUCUUUUAUUUCUAUUGACGCAUUUGAAACAUGGUUAAAACACAAACAUAGAACUACAUGUUUAAAAAGACUCUCUGAUCAUAGUGGAGAUGAGUUGAGCAAAGUGACUCUCCAAGUAAGAUGUUGGUUACAUAAAAAAUGGAUAGAGUAUAUGUACUUACGGGAAACCAAUCAUACUAAGGCAUUUAUAUUGGUGAACUUGGUAUUAGGAGGGAUACUUAUAUUAGGCAAAUGCAUGGGAGGAUAUCUAUUAUUUUAUGUUUUGUGUAUGGCUGUAUGUUUUAUUAACAAAUUGGCUCCACCUGCUAUAAAAAUUGUUAAAAAGCUUCAACAAAAUGCAGAUUCUGAUAUGGAGUUUGAAGGUCUUAUUCCUGAAGUGACUGAUAAUGAUAUAAAGUUGCUAUCUAUAGAACCUGAACAAAAUCAGUUAUUUGAUGAACGACAAAGCUUAGAUUAUUGGAAACCAGACGAUUUACCUAUUGAAGAAGUCAGUGACAGUUCAGAAAAUAGCAGUUCACUUGUUACAAAUUUAUCAAUGGAAAAAAUGCGUACAUUUGAUAAAGAUGUAGACACUACAGAUUCCAGUGAUGAUGAAUAUAUACCAAUUGAAAGGCAUAAGGAACAUCUUCAGUCAACUGUUGAAGUAGCUGAACAAGCAACAACAUGGAGUAGUUCAGCUUAUAAUGUUUUAUGGAAUUUAACAGGUGCUGUAUCAAAUAUGAUGUAUACAAAAACUGAUGACAAUAAGAGAAAGAGAGUUGCAAGUGCUGAUUCAUCUGAUGGUUUUGAAAUAGUAGAUAAACAUGACUUAAUGUGAAUUAAUCAUGUUUGUUUUUGGUAUUUAUGUAUCAAUAAUAUUUAUUGUUACUAAAUAUUCUGUCAAAUAUGUAAUAAAUAACAUCUUAAACAUUACAAGGCAUUGUUUCUAAGCGUAACAUCAUUUCUUGAUGCUGUUUCUUUAGAGCUUUUACACGCACAGUAUUUAAUGCAUUCCUGGCAACAAGAGCCUCCAGCAUAGGACGAGACAUCUGUAAUAUGAAAUGUAGAUAUUAUAUGAAUCAUAUGUCAUAAGUUUAGUACUGAUGUGAUUCAUAUAGUCACUGUGUAAAAUGUUCAUUAUCAAUAAACAAACCUUUUCAACAAUGUGGCCUAUUGCAAUUGUUCUAACAGCUGCAUUAUGUUGUUUAUUUAUAAUGUCAUGGCAUUCAGCCUGGCCAACUUCAUUAUUAUAAGCCUCAUCUUCUUCUUCUUUGAGAAUUGCUGGUAGCUUAGUUAGCAUCUGUUAAAACAAACAUGAUUGAAAAUAUAAAUAAUAUACCCAUUAUGUUUAUAUCCAAUAAUAUUUCUGAUGAUUUUGUAAACUUUCGCCCUAUUUAAUGUAAUUUAUUAAAAUAGAACAUUUUGAUUUCAUUGUAUCUACUUACCUGAAAAUUGUUUUCCAAUAAAGAGUCAUUGUUAUUGACUAAUUCCAUUGUUACUUCUCUCCUACUUAGGUUUGAACCUUCAUUUACCGAUUGAAAACAAGUGAUUUGAAUCUAAAAACAAUUAAAAGGCUUGUCGCAAUUGUCAAUAGAUAAAAAAUAUACAAUAUAUAAAAUCAUUAGUUGACAAUGUUUGAAAAUUCACAGUAAUGGGUAUUUUAAUGCAAAUGUCAAAACUGCAUUAUAACAGUAACAUAGGUUUUCACUUAUCCAGACUUAAUCAAGCUUAAAUUUAAUUGCAAGAAAAUAUAUUACAUCUAAAAUUAUAAUAAUAAACUGAGUUCAUUACCGAUGGUGCUUUAGUAGAUUGCUCUGUGAGAAAAACUGCAAAAAUGAUUCCCACAAAGCUAGAAUCCAUUCUCUGAUACAUGUAUUGUGUCGCAAGAUCUGUAAAGAAAGAAAGAUCAAACUAAUGAUUAUGUUUUUAAAAUAGUCUGGUAAUACAUCUGACAGGUAGCUCACCAACAUGUGAAGGCCACACAGUUAUGUGUGGAUGAGAGUGGUACCAUCCUACAACUCUAAGUGGUCGACCAACUUCCGCGGCAAGUUCUUCUGCUCUCAUAGUAGCUUGCACAAGUUGCUCCUCAGAGAUCUCUACACGAUCUGGUUUUUUGUCUAGUCUACGCAGUAUUACAGAUGAUGCAAUGGAAACGACGGUACCGUUAUCAUGUACCUUAAAAUAAAAAGUAUAAACAAUUGAAUUUUAUUGAGACAAUGAGAUCAAUACGUAGCUUAAGUUCAAAUUAUAUUGCACCUCUCCAAUGAGUAGCCCCAUUAUUUCUUCUUUCUCUGUUGAUAGAGCAUGUUGAGUACAAACCAGAGCUACGUCUGGCGAUAGGAGUACUUUAUUUAACAUGAUAGUAUCUUUUUAUUUAAACUAUUAAAUGUUUAAUUCCCAAAACAGCCCGAAACAAAAACUGUCGAUUGUUGUUUUCUUGGUUGACAUUAAGUUGACAUUGACGUUUUAAUUAGGGAUGUAAAAUAA